AUAUAUACAGAGACUCCCAACCAACAAGCUUUAAUUAAACUCAAUUUAUGUAUUUAAUCAAACAGCAAAUUCAGCUUUUGUAAUUAUUGAUGUGGGUAUUAAUUUUGAGUAAGUUAAGAAAUAUAGAAGCAGUAAAUUCUAAGAAACUAUGGCAGAACAUUUUCUCGAGUGGGAACUUCUAGUACUAGAAAAUCGAGUACGCCAAUUAGAAAGACGAAUAGAGAUGAGACGUCUAAGAGAUGCACAAAAUCCAUUUGACCUUCCUUACAAUGAAUUUUUAAAACAUUUUCGAUUAAGUCCAGAACUUGUUAUGGAUAUCGUCAAUACACUGCGUCCACGAUUGGAGAGAGAAAGAAUUCAUGGCUUAUCACCAGAAGUAAAAGUAUUAGUAGCAAUUAAUUUCUAUGCUAAUGGAAGCUACCAAAAUCCAGUUGGUGCAAAUAUGAACUUGAUAGUCAGUCAACCAUCUGCUAGUCGUUGCAUUCGUAAGGUAACGGAUCUUAUAAAUCAACAUUUCUUGCGGCGAUGGAUUCGAUUUCCCAUGACACCAGAGGAAAGGCAGCAAGCACGGACAGCAUUUACAAAUGCAGCCCAACCUUUCGAAGGAGCUAUUGGAGCAAUUGAUUGUACACACAUU